AUGAAAGUUGAUCUAGACAAUCUUAGUAGUGAUGAUGAUUUAAUAUUUCAUACAGGCUUGGGAUUUAAGAAAUCUAAAUUGAAUUAUGAAGAUAAUAAUGAAGUAGAAAUGGAAAAACCAAAAUAAAAGAUUGCUUAAUAAUAACAAUAAAGAGCUCGAUUAAAUCUCUUUUAGGAAUAAUUCGAAUAAACUCCAAAAUAGUAAAGUUAAGAAACUCCCAAUAAUUAACACUAACAAAUAUAUAAGGAAUAUUAGAGAAAUUAAGCAUUUGCUAAUUUUCAAAAAUCUAAUGCUUCACUUUUGUCUAAUGUAGAUAAAGGUGUGACAGUAAAGAUAAUUGAUAAGAAUAUGCCAAAGAAUGAAAAAGUGAAUGAAACAGAAUAUAGAAUAAAAUAAAAGCGAUCUGUAUAAUUUAAUCUUGAGAAUAACAUUGUUCAUCCAAUAGUUAAAAAUGAAGAGGAGUAUUUAACAUUGACAGAGAAGCUUCAUCUUUCAAAUAAUAUAAGACGUUCUUGGUAAUUAUAUAAAGUCGAUUCUGAUUCUGAAGUAGAAGCUUAAGAUGAUGAGAGUGAUGAUUCAAUUAUUCAUAUAGUGUGUUAAACACCAUCUCAUAAACCAAAAGGUAUUUUAAAGAAGAAACCAUAAGUCUUUAAAGAAGAUGAUGGUAAGAAAACUAUAACAGUGGAGUAAGUUGCAUUUAAAGAUAGUAGAAAUAAAAAGAAUCUAAGUUAAAGAGAAAAAAAGAAUUUAGAAAAAAGAGUGGAAGAACAUGAUUAUGGUGUUGGAUUGAAGUUUUUGUAGAAAUUAGGAUAUAAGUAUGGAGAAGGAUUGGGUGCUAAUAAAUAAGGUAUAUUAGAGCCAGUAAUUGCCAUAAAGAAAUAAUCAUUUACAGGGGAAGGAGUUUAGGAAUAUGAAUAUUAAAAUAAGGUAGAGGAAGAGGAACAAGAAAAUGAGAAUAAUUCUACUUAGGACAAUCAUUAAAAGCCUUUUUUUGAAUCUAAGAAAAUGAAUAAAUAUGAAAAAUAAUGGAGAAAAAAGAGGAAUAAAUAAGAUGGAUAACCUAUUGUUUAUAACAAAAAGGAAGAAAUAUUAAAUUUAGAUAGGAAUCAUAUAAUGGAUAAUCUUAUUAAAGAUAAUUAGAAUAAUAAUAAAUAUAAAAUAAUUGAUAUGACAGGUAGUGAUAUUAAUGAUUAUUUAAAUAAGACUUAAGAUAUAUAAGUAUAAAAUAAUAAAGUGGUUAGGGAAUAUUUGAAGGAUGUUUAAGAAUUAACUUGGUCAGUGUAAAAGAUUUUAGAAAAACGUUUAGGAAAAUGGGAGAAUAAUGAAUAGAGUAUUAAGAAAGAGAAGGAUAAAAUUAUUAUUUUAGAUCAUGAAAAAAAAGAAGAAUUAAUUUAAUAUACAUAAUGGAAUGAUUCUGUUAAAAGAAAAGAAGAAUUUUUAAAUUAUUUAAGAUUUUUUAAAGAUGAUGAAAUCUUAAUUAAAAAAGAUUAAUUUUCUAUCUUUUCUAAAUUUGAAGAAUGUUUUAGGAAAUUUAGUGAUUAAUUCAUAUAAUUCAAUUUAAUUGGAUUAUUAGUUAAGAAUGCAGAAUAAGAAAUUAAGAAUUUAAUAAUUAAAUGGAAAGGACCUCUUACAAAAAUGGAUAUUUUAUAAAAUGAGCAUCAAUUAAUCUCAUAAGUGAUUAAUUUAGCCAAAGAUAUAUUUAUAUAGAAAAAAUCUUAAAAUUUAAGCAAAUAUGCUGAAUAAUUAGAUGUUUUUAUAAUAAAUAAUUAAAUUUCAACUUCAGAUGUGAACACAUUAAAAAGAUUUAUUGGAAUAUUGAUUGCUCCUAUUAUAAUCAGACUAAGAAAUUAUUUAUCUACAGUAUAUGAUCCAACAUAAGAAAAUUAUUUAGUAGAAUUUUUAGAAUUAUGGAUGAAAGACUUAGCUUUAGUUGAAACUGAAGAGACAGGUGUUAAUCAAUUUUAGACUAUAAGAUUAUUGGAUUAAUAAGUAUAAAAGGAUAUUAUGGGUAUAAUUAUGUCUAAACUAAAACUUAAGAUUUAAGAAUGGAAUAUGAAUUCAACAAUAUCUUUACAUUAAUGGUUGUAACCUUGGAUUAAUUCUAGACUAAAUAAUAAGGAAUUACUUGAAGAAGUAGAGAAAAAAUUGAAAUAAUUGAAAUUUACAGAUAGAGAUGACUUUGGUUUUAGUGUACUGUAACCUUGGGCUAGAUAUUUAGGAGAAAAUUGGAAAAAUCUAUUAUACAUGUCAGUUUUACCUAAAAUGUUAUUUUGCCUCCAUAAUUUAGAAAUCAACCCAUAAAAUUAAAAUGUACAACCAAUAAAAGAAAUUUUCAAAUGGAUGGAUGAAAUUGAGCCAUAUAUUGAAAUGAUAUUCCAACCUUUAAUUGAAAAAUUAAACAAUACUUUAGAGAAUUGGAUAUAGCAAUAGGGAAGUAGAGAUGAAAUGAACAAGUAAUAUAAUUAUUAAUAAUUAUUUAGAUGGUUGGAUGGAUGGGAAAAAUUCUUAAUGAAAAGAAUUAUAUAAAGAGUAUAUAAAUUUUAAGUAUAAUUCAAUUCGAUGAAAUAGAAAAUUAUUUGA